CCCAGCAAGGUGCGAUGCUCCCACCUCCUGGUGAAACACAACCAGUCCAGGAGACCCUCGUCCUGGCGGCAGGACAAGAUCACGAGGACCAAAGAUGAGGCUCUGGUGCUUAUAAAUGGCUACAUCCAGAAGAUAAAAUCAGGAGAAGAGGAUUUUGAAUCACUUGCUUCCCAGUUCAGCGACUGCAGCUCGGCGAAAGCAGGAGGAGACCUGGGUGUGUUUGGGAGAGGUCAGAUGCAGAAGCCUUUUGAAGACGCCUCCUUUGCGCUGAGGGCCGGUGAGAUGAGCGGACCCGUGUUCACAGAGUCAGGGAUCCACAUCAUCCUACGCACGGAGUGA